UCAAUUAACACACGCCAUUGAAAUUGUGAGGAAGACCAUGGCUUCUAAGGAAUUUUUAUGCUUUCUUUUCGUCUGUUUCUUUACCUUGGGAAGUGCUACCUACUGUACCUUCAAAAGCGAUUGUUCCUAUAGUGAGUCCUGUUGUACAGAUGGAGUCUGUAGAGAGAAAUGUUCCUACUGUUCGUACAACAGCGAGUGUGGGACGAACGAACAAUGCUGUGAUAACAAAUGCAUCAGCAUUUUCUCCACUUGUUCCUGUUCGUCCACCUUCGAUUGUGGCAUUGAUGAGCAGUGCUGUAGUAGCACAUGCAUCAGUAGUUCGUCUUCUUGUUCCUGCACGUACGACUCCGAUUGUGACAUUGGAGAGGAUUGUUGUGGGGGAGUUUGUUCAUCACACUGUGGUUGGAGCGGUGGAGCUAUUGCAGGCUCUAUUAUCGGCACAAUUAUUUUCUUCGCAAUCAUCAUUUCCAUUGUGUCCUGUCUCUGCUGUGCUUGUUGCCCCUAUUACCGCUAUCGUACACCCGGUACUGUGAUCGUCACCGGCCAACAGCCACAACAGAUCGUCUCAACCCAUACACACAUGUCGACGCAACAAGUACAUCCUCCUCCGCCGGUGAACUACUAUCAGCCUCCUCCAGCUGGUUACAACCCGCCUCCUCAAGGCUUUAAUCAGGCUCCUCCGCCUUACCCGAGCUAUCCACCGCCACCAAACCAAUAUCCUCCACCGCCGGGACAAGCUCAAGCGGCGCCGAUGCCGGCUGCAAUAAACGCUGCACAACCGCACAAGUUCUAAUAAAAGUAACCUGCGAGGUGAAUUACCAUCUUCAUGUCAGAAGUGAAAACAGUCUCACUAUGGUAUUUUGUUGAUAAAUACAAACUGCACAGUAACUUGAAAUGCACAUUAAAAAUUCUGUUUUCCCAUUGUUCCUUAAAAUCAAGGUCUUUAAAGAUAUCCUGCUUUUAGGUAAUUCAUUUAAUUUUCUGUGACUUAGUUUAUCAACAUCUAUGUUUAUCUUAAUGCCAAAAAUUAUAACACUGUUACGAAUAUAAAUAGAUGUUGAAUAAUGUUCACUUUGCAUUGCAUUAUUAAGCCGAGUUCCAUUUUGAAUAAUUGCAUCUAAAGUAUUUGAGUUCCAGUAACCACAAGGUGAAAUGAUUGAGUAACAUAUAGAAUAAAGAGCUAUUUCAAAGCAGUAGUGGUUUUUGAUGGUGUAUUUAAUACAUCUUUUACACUGUUGUUCGCUGUUAUGUCAUUUUUUGUAAUUUGUAAACCUUUCAGUUCAUACACAUCAGUUACUCCGUAUAAACUUUGAAAGUAUGGCACUAAGUUGUCUGCAGAUGAUAUAUCUAAUAGUAUACAUGUCCCUUUAGUAUGACCCUUUAGUAUGACUCUUACCAUAAAUAUCUCUAGCAUGAGUCAAACACUUUAAAAUGGUGAUUGUCAGCACAGUAAACAAUACUGACAGCAAUACAACCAACUGUUAAAAUAAGCAACCUGUAUUGUUCUGAUAUUAGUUACUCAAAAGCUCUUUUCAGGCUCAGUAUUGAUAUUCCUUAAUAGAAGUCUCACCAUGGACAUUAACAGUGUAACUUGCACUGUAUUCUAGCUGGUAAUUUCCCUGCAAUACUGUAAGCAUUGUUGGUAAUUCUGUAAGCAGUAAGAAUGAUUGUCUUGCUUAAGUUUUGACAAACUGCUGUAUAGUUGAUUGCCAAUAUGCACUAUUUGUUUCAAGUCACCAGGGUUACUUAUUCCUUUCAUAUUGUGGUAUAUUAAAGCACAUAAACUCAUUGCAACAAA